UCGGGUCCUACUAGGCGCCGUGGCUGCGCUCACGGCUCGGAUGACGAAGGUAGUUGCCGUGGAGUUGCGCGGAGUAACCCUAAAUUAGUGGGACUCAGAGCCUGCGAGGGAGGCGCUUGCGGUAUUUCCAUUUUAACAGGGAACAAUCCCUGAACCCAAAGGAAUGAAUCUCUAAUGGUGGAGUUUCAGGCAUCAGUGACAGGCUGCACCCGAGACUCUGGGCUGGUGCUUGCAGGUGCUGAAUGAUGGCCUGAACUAUGAGCAAGCAGGACUACAUGAACACUUCGGUGCAGGAGCCUCCUCUUGACUACUCCUUCAAAAGCAUCCAUGUCUUCCAAGAUCUGCUUAGUGAGGAGCCAAGGACUGGGCUACGACCACUGAAGCAUUCAAAGUCAGGGAAGUCACUGACCCAGUCCUUGUGGCUGAACAACAAUGUCCUCAGUGACCUGAGAGAUUUCACCCAGGUGGUUUCACAGCUGCUGGAGCAUCCAGAGAACCUGGCCUGGAUCGACCUGUCCUUCAAUGAUCUGACUUCCAUUGACCCUGUCCUAACGACAGUCUUCAACCUGAGUGUCCUCUAUCUUCAUGGCAACAGCAUCCAGCGCCUGGGGGAGGUGAACAAACUAGCUGUCCUCCCUCGGCUCCGGAGCUUGACACUCCAUGGGAACCCCAUAGAGGAAGAGAAGGGGUACAGGCAAUAUGUGCUGUGUAGUGUGCCCCGCAUCACCACGUUCGACUUCAGUGGGGUUACCAAAUCGGACCGUACCACAGCUGAGGUCUGGAAACGCAUGAACAUCAGGCCCAAGAAGACCCACCUCAAGGAGAACAUACUCUGAUCUGAGCUCCUCAGGUGUAGAGCCCAGAGGAUAGUCAACUUGGCUUAACAAUAAAUGAUUUGAGCUGUUGAGAUGAUUAGAAUUCAUUUGUACCUUGUUUGAAUGUCCUCCAACUCCAGCAACCAUCUGUAGCUCUAGUCUUACUUAACCAAAAAAGGCCAUGGCAGAAAAGCCCUGCUGGCCUGGGAUACAGGAGAGCUGGCUUCCACCACAUGGCCUUGGGCUACUCAUCCAGCCUCUCCAGGCCUCUUUGUACUCUUCAGUUUAGAUAGCAUAGAACUAGAAUAGAUGGUUGCUUUCCAAGUUCUUCGGAGUGCCAGGGUGUUUGGAGCUGCCUCCGAGGCCUCUGUGACAGGCCUGGAAGAUGGGCUGUGAUCCACUCUAGUCAGAUUACUCUGUUCUACUUUGUUUAAGAUUUCAUUUGGCCUGUGGUGCAUUCCCAGCACUUGGGAGGCUCAGGGAAGAUGACUGUCCUGAGUAUUAAGCCAGCCUGGGCCACAUAGUAAGUUCAAUGCUAGCAUGGAUUAC